AUGGUGGCGACAGACGAUGGCAGCCUCGAGCAGUUCACGCUCCUGGCCAAGACCGCGCGCGGCCGCGCCUGCAUGGCGCUGAUCCAGCAAGUCCUCUCCAACAAGAAGCUCUUCGUCUUUGGCGAGCUGCUCCACAUGCCCAACGUCAUGGCCCUCGCCGAGAGCGACCAGCCGGACCAGCAGAGCCACUACCGGCUCCUCUCGAUCUUCGCCCAUGGCCGCUUCAAGGACUACGCCCGCGAGAAAGAGGCUGGCGCUGUCCCGGCACUCACGCCGGUGCAGGAGCUCAAGCUGCGCAAGCUCACGGUCGUGAGCCUCUGCCAAGAGUACAAGCAGGUCCCGUACAAGGUCUUGAUGGACGAGCUCCACAUUGAUGUGGUCCGGGACGUCGAAGACAUCAUCAUUGAGACCAUGUAUUCGGGCCUCAUUGAAGGCAAACUCGACCAGAAGAACCAGCGCAUCGACAUCCAGUACGCGGUGGGGCGUGACGUUCAAGUCGCCGACAUUGACGCGAUGAUCACGCGUCUCGCCGACUGGCAAACCGACGCCAAGCACGUAGUCGCAGAGAUGGACACCGUCCUCGCGCGCGCGACGAACCAAUUCCAAGCGAAUGCGGCCCUCGAGGCCAGCGUCAAGGCGGCGGUGGCCGAGGCGCGCAACAACGCGCCCCGCGACCGUGGCGACUUUGACUCGGACAUGAUGUUUGGCGACACCUUUGGCGGCCUUCAGCGCAGCGCCAGCGGCAAGCGGCGCAUGGGCCCCGGCUCGUCGCGCAAGAUCUCGCGCGUCUAA